AUGCAACAUAGGGUACCGAACUCGCACCGAGAAUUGUUUGGAACUGAGGCAACCAUGGAACGUGGUUAUCCAACUCUGGACCAUAUAGGUCUACCAGCUCCGAAUGACCCAUGUUACUUCCAACAAAAUCAAAGGAUGUACGUCACUGAAGAUACGUCCCAGAUUGUGCACGACCAAUAUUCCAGGUAUAGUGCUGUGGAGGAGAUAGUCUGUCAGCAAUUGCCCUCUAAGAGGGAGGGAGAAUAUGAUCUGCACCAGAACAAUGUUGUUGGAUGCUACCGCUACCCAACGGCUGCAUUGCCUCAAGUUCCUCCACCAAUGCAUCCAAAUGCCCCAGUGUGUGGUAGGCCUGAGUGCCUGCCGCAAGAUUUCCUGUCUCCUGUUAUUCCUUUUCAGGGGCCAGGUAGUUGUAUCGUUGACCCACAGUAGAUAAGAGAUGAAAGACUUUGUUGUAGCAUCCACAUGCUUAGUUUUCCCGGCAAGAUUCAUAUGUUUAAAGGAUAAAGCAUCAAGGGCCAAUGAGAAGUUUCUGGUUUAGAAGCUUGCCACUGUUAUAGAAAACUGAUUUUCAGUAUUAAAUCUGGUGGAUGUUUCUGAUUGCGGUAAAUGACUGGUUGAUUGGAAACCCUGGUUAGAUUAUUUGGAACCAGUUUUUGAGAA